UCAUGGCGACUGAAAAUUCAUCGAAGUCAGCAAGCGCUGAGAAGUCUGCGACAGGAAUGCCGAAAGCUGUCUUUGUGGAAGAUGUGGAUGCUUUCAUGAAACAGAGUGAGAAUAAUGAGUCUACAGAAGGUGUUUUGAAGAGACUGGAUGAGCAGCACAGUAAAUACAAGUUCAUGGAGUACAACCUCAACACGAAGAAGUCCAGGUUAAAAACUCAGCUGCCAGACAUAAAAACUUCAUUAGAUAUUGUUAAACAUCUUCAAAGCAAGAAGGACUCGACAGAGCCAUUAGAGACUAGGUUUCUAUUGUCAGACCAGCUGUAUGCUAAGGCUAGGAUACCUCCCACAGAAAAAGUCUGUCUCUGGCUUGGGGCCAAUGUGAUGUUGGAAUACAAUUUAGAUGAUGCAGAAAAAUUGUUAGAGAAAAAUUACGAUGCAGCGAGUAGAAGUUUAGCUCAGGUAGAAGAUGACCUGGGCUUCAUACGAGAUCAAACCACCACGCUAGAAGUCAAUAUGGCACGUGUAUAUAAUUGGGACGUGAAACGGAGGCAAGCUGCCCAACAAGCCACCUCAGCAUCCUAGUGUUCACACCUCUUCAGCAACAAGACACAUGCUUGUCCCUUCACCAGGCAUCAUAUCUACCUGACCCCUGGGCUAUCUGGAUUAACCAUGCCCUGCUAUAUUCUCUUUCUUCUGGUUGGGUGGGGGCACAGGUCACACAGCAGUGAAGAAUGAAUUGUCAUUGGUAUUUAAUAGCACAACUGAGUGAGGCUACUUAGUUGGUUUCAAAGAUUCUUGGUUUCAAACAUGUUCCAACAGAAAGUAAAUUCAUGUUAGUUUCAGAGGAUUCUCACAGGUCCUUCAGAUUGUUAAAAAGUCCUUGAUUUUCAAGGACCUACACAGAACUUCAAAACUCAUUGUUUUGAAAUGUCAGAUUUUCUCAAUUUUCUUUAACAAAGUGGUUCAAAAAAAAAAAUAAUAAUAAAAACAAUUUGGGCCUGCCCGUUGGUAUGUAGUCAGGCUCUUGGUACAGUCAUAAGAGAAUGUGAGUUUCUCCAGCACAUUGUCUGGAUUGAACAAGAUACUGUUUAAAGUGGUCAGUUAGAAAAUAUCCUUCUUACCUGUGGGAAUCCUGUAUGCAGUCUUAGUCCUAGUCUUAGGCAGUCAACUUGUCAGGUAAAACAUUUAACCAACAGUUCUGGUGUUAAGUUAGAAUUAUUUUGAUUGGCUUUGGGACUAUAGUUUGAUCCUGAUUUUUUUUCCCAAACUUUACCAAAACCAGAAUUUGUAAUUAGUUAAUCAACAAUGAAUUAUUGUACUGAAAACAAAUACAUUGUAUACGUACAUGUAAGGCUAGUAUUCAUUGUAAGUGCUAAAUGUUGAGUGAAGGUUAUGCUAUUUGUAAGGUGAAAGGGGAGGUAAUUACUGCGCAACUGUUUGUACAGCUGGCCACCAGUUAUGUCUUUGUGUUUCCUACCUUCCUGUAGCCAAUUCCAAACUGUGUUUAUGUGUGAAAAAAAGACUUGUGCUGAACUGUCUGCCUCCCUGAAGGAAUGGCAUGUUACAGAGUACGCUGUGCCCUGUUCAACAUAGUCAGAGUCCAUGAUGAAGAUUCCACUCGUGUGUAAUCCAUAACGAAGAUUCCACUGGUGUGUAAUCCAUGAUGAAGAUUCCACUGGUGUGUAAUCCAUGAUGAAGAUUCCACUCGUGUGUAAUCCAUGACGAAGAUUCCGCUCGUGUGUAAUCCAUGAUGAAGAUUCCACUCGUGUGUAAUCCAUGAUGAAGAUUCCACUGGUGUGUAAUCCAUGAUGAAGAUUCCACUCGUGUGUAAUCCAUGAUGAAGAACCUCAGACAAAUUUGAUCAGAAUGCAUGUAAUUACACUUGACUACUUGGCAUAUGUACAUGCUUGAACGUGAACAAGUAAAUUUAAUGUAAAUAUAAAUGUUUAAGACUCUGGCUAUGUUGAUGCUGAUCUUAAAUUCUAGUUGGCAAUCACUUACUUAUUAAAAGUGCUACUCAGAAGAAAGGUGCCAAAAGUUGAAGUUGCUGAACUCUUCUGUUUUUUUUGUUUUUUUUUUUUCUUAAGCUUGUAUGCUUAUGUCCUUUACAUUGAUUCAGUUCAUUCACUAUUUUCUGUUACCUUAUAUUCCUGAAACAAGACUAUUAUUUUGAUAUCAGUAUUUACACGUAUCGUAAGCAUGAUGCGGAGAAAGAUGUUAACUUCUCGCUUCUCCUGAUUUGCUGCCUUUUUCAUGGAAGUACAGU